AUGUUUGAACCUGAAGCUGCGCUUAGGUAUUCCAUGAACAAACAAGAAUCAAUAACUACAUCUAAUAUUGCAAAAAACACAUACGAGCAAAAAUUUAAACGAGAAUCCAUUAGUAAGCAUUCACCUGUCAUUAAAUUCGAACCCGUCGUCAAAUGUGAGCAACUCAAACCAGUCGUCAAAUGUGAACAAGUCGAGUCAGUCAUCAAAGGUGAACCACUCAAAUGUGAAUCAGUCAAAUAUGAAGAAUUUUUAUUUCCUCCAGAGAGAAUGUAUCAACCACAUUUUACUUCGCUCGAUAAAGCUUUACUAUUAUCGAUAAUGGAAAUAGUUGAGGUAAUAUAUUUCAACAAACGUGCUCAUCGAGAAAAUUUGAUUCCUGAUAAACUCCCAAAACAUUUAAGAUUCUCAGUAAAAGAAAUCGAAGAAAUUAUCUGCUCAAAUUACUUUUCUACACAUUAUGACUUUACCUCUGCUCAAAUAAAUGAAAUAUUAAAUCGUGCUAACUUAUUUGACUUUUUCACAUGUGAACUAAUAAAAUUAGAAUUGAUGCUACAUUUUGAACAAUAUUAUCAGACCGAAGUGUUACAAUUUCAAGAUUACUACGUUAAUAAAUUAAUGCAUAUGGCAUAUAAGGGUUAUGACUUCAAGGAUUCACAAAAUUUAAAAUCAAGUUAUUAUGAAAAUAUGUUUGAUUUGUUGAAAAGUUUUGAAAAAUUGAAGAAGUUAGUAAGAAAUAGAAAAAGAAGAGCUACUAUGGAGAAGAAAAAGGAGUUAAAAGAGAAUGCGGGAAAGUUGCAAAGAUAUUUCCCUUAUAAAUUUCCAAAUUUUGAUAUAGCAAGAAUAUGA